AUGAGUUAUGAGCGUCACGGUCGUGGAGGAGGCUACCGCAGACGAUAUCACAGAGACCGAGAUGACUACGAUGACCGUCGCCGCGAGCACAUUGAAACACCCGAUGAAAAGCUCAAAACUACCAUAAUCAAAUAUGGGGAGGUGGAUCCCAUCGAGGAACUACCCCGUAUAGAGCAACAGAUUCGAGACCAGGUCCCUCGCAACAUUCCAAACCUUGCUGAAGCGUUCCGAAUUGCUGUAACAGAGCAGCCCUAUAAAAUACCCUUCUACGCUGCGCUUCUGCGACUAUUACAUGACCCUUCCGACCAUGGCAUACCUGAUGAAUCACCUGUUGGGCGACUAGUUUUGGAGGAUUUCUGGAAAGGGUUCCAGGCAUUUGUCGACAAGGUUUCAUGGAGAGAGACGCGGCUAUGCAUUCACUUCUUUGCGCAUUUGACAGUGGCUAAAGUAAUCUCGGUGGAAUCCAUGUUCUCUCUUCUUCGGUCAUUCACUGCUGUUUUUGACGAAUUCGGAGUGUCUCAUGGCAGAGCUAAGAAGGCUGCGUUGUGUGCCGGUGAAGGAUUAUUAAUUGCUGGCCCGAUCCUGAAAGCACACACCUCAACAAGCGUAGACGAAAUCAUCAAUGCUAUUCAAGCAUAUACCGACACAACAACACAACAAAAGUGGCUGGUUUCUCCUGCUACCCGAAUUUCAAGCCCAACUAUACCUCAUGACACCAACGUGGAGUUGCUUGACAUUUUGUUGAGCUCUUUAGUUCUCCUCAACAAGUCGAAUUUCAAUGACACGGCAGACUGUGUCCCGCAACCUUACAAGGCUUAUCCAGACCUUGACCCGGCGUUAGUGAAACCUUACGACUUACCGGUGGUGCUGGUACCCCCUGAGGUCAUCGAGCUUGAAUCCAUUCCGGCUGACUCUGGCGAGGAGGCUCAGGUGAAGAAAGAGGAAUGGCCAGAGUUCUACGUUCGCCUCUUCCCUUCAGACAUUUCUCCCGAUCCAAACACACCUACAGGAUAUGUCAUUCGGACUGCUCUGAUAGAUAUCAUGGACGUAUUCGAAGUCAACCGGAAGGAAUGCGCCCGACUGCUGCUUGAGUACCCAAAGUGGAACUUGCCUGGAACCUUUAAACCAAAACCUGGGGCUCCUGUGACAGCAGAACCUGUACCAGGGAAAGACUGGCAAUUGGAGAGUACAAUCAUUGAGACAGUACUUGGUGCCUACUUCGUGUUGCCGGAAUCAACAUCGAAGUCGAUUUACUAUAUCGCCCUGAUCACAGAACUGUGCAAACUAUCACCAUCUACCGUAGGACCUGCUGUCGGGAAGUCUAUUCGCAAGUUGUAUGGUUCAUUAUCAGAGGGUCUUGACGUCGAAGCUGCACGGCGGUUUGCGGAGUGGUUUGCGGUCCAUAUGAGCAAUUUCGGGUUUGCGUGGGUUUGGAAAGAAUGGGUUCCGGACCUAUCUCUGGCUGUGCAACAUCCACGUCGAGCAUUCAUGCGGAGAGCAGUCGAAUUCGAGAUUCGUCUUGCUUAUCACGAACGCAUCCUUAAGACUUUACCGGAAUCGAUGCAGUCUCCGGAUGCAUAUGUCAUCGCUGAACAAGCUCCGAGUCCUGCAUAUGACUACGAAGAUCCUGCUAAUCCACACCACGAUGCCGCAGAGGCCGUCUUGAACCUGUUGCGCGGUAGGGCCAAAGUCGAAGAUGUCAUCGCCCACCUUGAUUCAUUGAAAGGCACCCUGGAAACAUCUGACGAGAGCACUGUGGACGUAGAUUCUCUCAUUCGCUCUAUUGUCAUCCAGUCCCUUCUGCACAUUGGCUCUCGCUCUUUCUCUCAUUUCUUGAACGCGAUCGAACGAUAUCUUCCACUCUUGCGCAACUUGGCUACCGGUGCAACAUCGAAUACAGGUGCUAUGGGCAACCCAGAGGCGAAGGCAGACAUUCUUGCUGCUGCAGCCUCGUUCUGGAAGUAUAACAGGCAAAUGGUCCUAAUCGUCUUUGACAAGUUCAUGCAGUACCAGAUUAUCGACCCAACGGACGUCGUUGCAUGGACUUUUAUGAAUGGCGUCGCUGUCGGUCGACUCACUGAGCUGGCGGGCCCGAUGAAUCUCAGCGCAUUUGAGUGGGAUUUACUGAGGUCGGCACUGGACAAGGCCAAUGGACGUGUCACAAUUGCGAGGAGAAAGGUAACUGCCCUAAGGAAGGAGGAUGAUGACACCCGCGCUCGUGUCAAGGCUCGGGCUGAUGAGACGAUGGAGGUUGACACUGAACCUAAAGACGAUGCGGAGGCUGUAGCCCCUGUAGUCGACAGUCCGCAGCUAACCACUGCUCUCAAGGCAUUCUCGAGCCUUACCAAGGAGCAGAAAACAGUGCUUUCGCGGACGUUGGAAGGGUUCGUUUCGAGCCUUGCACCGUCGGAGAGCUCCCCGCAUCCUAAUCCCCAUGCGCGCACUGUUAUCACCGAGGAGGCAUGGAAUAAUCGGGCGAGUUGGGGGAGAGAUGAGUGGAACGCCUGGGAAACCUGGGGAUGGUAUCGGCAGUUCUGCAGAGCGUACUCGCCUUACCUGCGCACAUACGCUAAUACGCUCUACACGAUUUCGUUUUCCAAGUUCGACGGGGCAAAGGAUCCUGCUGUUGAUCUGCUGAAGAUGAUAUGGAAUGUUGCGAUGGGUCAACUUGAAGAGGCCUGA